GCAGAAGGUCACAGCAUUCAAAAGGUUCACCAUCCACAAGCCACCAAAUGUCCUUACCAUACAGCUAAAAAAGUUUCAAUUUGGCUCAUCUGGAAGUUUCUUUGGGAACAAAAUCCUCAAAGCGGUGCGCUACCCUCUCACCCUAAAUGUUCGUCCUUUCAUGUCAGAGAAAAAUGGCCCACCAAUGACAUAUACAUUGUUUGGCUGGAUACAACAUGAAGGAAUGUCAUGCAGCUCAGGGCAUUAUGUUGCAAACGUUCGCUGUGGAACUAGAUGGUACCACUUCAACGACUCUAGUCGAUAUAUCCGAAGUGGACCGCACUGUGUAAAUGAGAACUCUGCCUACAUUCUGUUCUACAUAAAGGACAAUGGGCCUACCCCACAGAUAGGGCCUUCUGUUAGAGCUCAUAAUGGCCAGAACACAGUACCUGGCAUUAGGGCUGAGAAUGAGAAGAAAAUCAAACCUCAGACAAAUGAAUUUGGAUAUUCACCAACAGUUAUCAAGACUUCUGCAAAUAACCACCAGCAGUUAAAGAAGCAUAAGAAACACAAGAAGAGAAAGCACCAUGAAAGAGAGCACAACUACGCUGAAGUGUGUGACGACUCUAUCAGCAGGUCUCAUAAAAAGAAGAAAAAGAAGAAGCAUAAGCACAAGGACCGUGACGAGGACAGAGAGGAAAGAAAACACAAGAAACAUAAAAGGAGAAAGAUGAGGUAGAGAGACAGAGGGAUAGAAGUACUGAUGACGAAGAGAGACAACAUAAGAAGAAGGAUGAUAGAGAGAUUGACGAGGGAUACAGGCAAAAAUACAGAGAGUAUGAGAGGGAUUAUAAACACCACAAACGCAAACAUGGAAGAGAAGCAAGCGAGAAAUCACAUAUAAAAGGAGACAUGAUUCAGAGUCUUCCACAGAAUUUGUGUGGGUAGUGAAAACAGUUCCUGUACAGGGAUCAGUCUCUGAGCCAGGAGGAAGACAGGUAAAUGAGAACAUAGCUGUAAUCCCUCGGAUGAUGUUUGAUGUGCAGCAGCAUGGUCUCAAGAUUGUCAACAAGAACAGACCCGUCACCAUCUGUAUAGAGCAAUACAAAGAGAGAAGAUAUAUCAGUGUAUGGACAGCUCAAGAGAAACAGAUAUUUAAGGAGAAAUACCCGCAGCAUCAAAAAACUUUCAAUCUUAUUGCUUCAUUUCUUUUGAAAAAGGGCUGACGUCUCAGUCACUUUUGGUCGUAGCACCCGGACAUUUCCAGAGGUUUCCCCUCCAUCAGCAGUAGGUCUAGCCACUAGAGAGAAUUCUUCUGCAGUCAUCCUUGAGGGCUUCUGUUCAGUGUCUCCACAGUUCAUGCUACACAGCUGUAGACCUUUGUUUCAUGGGAUGCUGCCAGGAGAAAAUCUAGAAGACUUUCUAUUGCGGUCUCCUUUCAUAGUUGUGCAGUUGAAGUGACUUGUAAAAAAUGUAACAUCUUCAGACGGUGGGGAAGUCCAGACCAGACCAGACCAGAAUGAACAGGGUCAAUAACAAGUUGUAAAGAAGAUGAUGAUAUAGAAAUAGGUGAUUCGUCUGGUGAUAAUGAUACAAUCAAUGGAGCUGAUAGAGAAGAAGCAUCAAGUACAUCUGAUGAUGAGGAAGGUCAAGCAAGGAUGAUGGGAAACUUGAAGGAUGAUGAUAACCUUGACGAGGAUAUAGUUCUAGAAGUGACACACGACAGUGCGCCAUGUGAUGUGUUUGGUGUAGUUUUUGCUUCUCAAGCCACUAAAUAUCCCUGGAAGUCCCUGUUGCUGCAUGCCAUCACAUUGAGGAACUGUUUGUUUGCCGAGUUAGCUGCAAGUC